UCGAGUUGCUGGAGCGGGCGCGGUGCGAGCGCCGCCGAGCCCGGGCGCAGCAUGACUGCGAUCGCCGUGCAGGCCGCCCAGAGGCUGCUGGCCCCCAGAGUGCCCCACCGAUCCUUCUUUGAAACCUUCAUCAGGACCCUCAUCAUCCUUUGUGCUGCUCUGGCUGUGGUUCUUGCCUCCAUCUCCAUCUGUGAUGGUCACUGGCUCCAGGCUAAUGGCCGCCUCUUCGGGCUGUGGCAAUUCUGCACCAUCUCAAACCAGACUGGACCUCACUGCUUCAGAGACCUGAGUCAGGCACACAUGCCUGGGCUGGCAGUGGGCAUGGUCCUGGCCCGCAGCCUGGGCAGCUUGGCCGUGGUGGCUGCCAUUUUUGGCCUGGAACUUCUCAUGGUGUCCCAGCUGUGUGAGGACGUCAAUUCCCGGCGCAAAUGGGCUGCAGGCUCCAUCCUGCUCCUCCUGUCUUUCAUCCUCUCGUUCGGGGGGCUACUGAGUUUUGUGAUCCUCCUCAGGAAGCAGGCCACAUUCACCAGCUUUACCCUGAUGUUCUGGUGUGAAUUCACGGCCUCCUUCCUCUUCUUCCUGAAUGCCAUCAGUGGCCUUCACAUCAACAGCAUCACCCAUCCCUGGAUCCACUCAAGCAAAUUUUAGGCCCUUCUCCAGGAACAACAAAUUGUAUGAGAAAUUAUGGUCAAGAUGGGACUUUCCCAAAAUGUGACUUUUAGCUGAGGUGGGGCAGUGACCUUUACAUUGCUGCCUCUUAACCAAUAAUCUUUGACUGGUUACCCGGAAAUAACCCAGUGGCUUCUGCAGCUUGUCUAUAGGGCAAAGGCUAGGAGGAAACACCUGACUGUCACCAGCUACACAGGCUUACCCAAGUAAAUAGGUGCUGACUUAGAAGAAGAAGAAGCCCUACUUAAACUUUUUCCUUGAAUCCUUCCUGGGAUGGGAAUAGGUUGGAAGCACCUCAGGUAACCCAGUGCCCAGGCCAGAUACACAGCCAAGUGCAAUUCACACCUGUUUUAUUGACUUUAUGUUGGGAUACAGGUCUUAGGGGCCCUGAGGUGCCUCCUGGGGUUGCUAAGAGUGAACGCUAGCUGUGGAUAUCAACAUCAGCUCCAAGGGCCCUUGUAUAGAUUUCCUGGCUCUAGCUUUGGUCAAAGAGAGGCAGAGUUAAGGGUGCCUACAACUUCUUGCACGUAGGCUUCCAAACCCUUUGACUUGAUUCCAGCCUUUGUGGGAUCCAUGGUUCCUGGAUAAACACAGCUCUCAGCAGCUGGCUGUCCACUGUGAGGAUUCUGUUUAUUGAGAUCCCAUCUUGACUCUUCAAGAAGAGUUCUUGAGCAAGACUUCCAGUAGUUUCCCCACAUCUAAUACAGGCCUUCUUGGUGUGUGUGUGUGUGUGUGUGUUGUUAAAGGUAUGAUGGCCACAAGUACCAUUUUUGACCCUAGAAUACAUUUCAGAGACAUCUAUAUGGACCUGCUGGAUUCCAGGAGGUAAAAAGGACUGGCCAGUCCUUGGGUAAUGAUUAACAGCCACACUGGGGGUGAAUGCACGUGAAGGAGGUCAGGAACCAGUGGAGAUUUCCAUCCCUGUUUGUAGAGCUUUCCGGGGGUGGGGGUUGGGUUUUGUUUUUUUUUUUUUGGUUGGUUUUGUUGGGUUUUUUUGUGCAUCAGAUUGCCUUUUUGCAGUCCCUUUCUGCCCACUAGGUGGGGCUUUUUGCCCUCAGCUACUGUUGUCGACACCAGCUCCUGCGGCAUCAUCUAAAUUCUGGCCUUCCCUAAUUCAUUCUGGCUGCCACAGAGGGGCAAAGGAGUGAGCUCUUUGUCUCUGCAGGGGAGGUACCUGUUUCUUCUCUGUCCAGUGGAAUCAUGACCCUUUUCCAGCUGCACAUGCCUUUGGCUGUGAGUAGCCUGUGCCAGUGAGGACAGACAGGUGCCUGUCUACCAUGUUAGUUACUAUAAGGAAGUUGGGGGUUCUGAAGCUCUCAUGGCCUCCACUGUGAUGUGAACAGAUUGAUUCAGCUGUUGUCUUGAGGCUUUAGGGAGAGGGCUGCUUGACAAGUGGAUUAACAGUGUGUGUGUGGGGGGGGGUGGUGAGAAGGGGGUUCUACUUAGGGCCAAGGGUUUCCACUUAAUGCUUCUUGGGUUUCCAAGUCCCUGAAAACUGGAGGGUGGUAUCAGGGAGUCCCCCUCCAGGAAGGGGGGGCUAGGGGCUAAGCCAGA